AUGAAGUUCUUAUCGGUCGCCACCCUGCUUGUUGCUUCUCCGCUCGUCUCGGCGGCAUCUCUGCCGUCUAUCUUCGACCCCACACAGGUCACCCUCAAGGCCCAUACCACCGAGAAUUUCCCCGUCAAGGGCGACAAUCCCCUGGAUUACUGCGAGAACCCGGCUGGUAAUAUCUUGCAGAUCGAAUCAGUUGACCUCGAUCCCAACCCUCCUCUGCCGGGUCAAACUCUUCAGAUCACAGCUAGUGGCGAGCUGACCGAAACCAUUGAAGAGGGUGCCAAGGUCAACCUGGUUGUCAAAUGGGGUCUCAUUACACUUAUUUCGCAGACUGUCGAGCUCUGUGAUCAAAUCAAAGAAGUCGAUAUGGAAUGUCCUUUGGAGAAGGGUCCCAUGACUCUGAAGAAGGAGGUGAAGUUGCCGAGCGUUAUUCCUCCUGGUUUCUACUCGGUCUUGGCCGAUGUCUACACCAAGGAUCAGAAGAAGGUCACUUGCUUGAAGGCUGAUGACAUCCAGUUCAAGCUCCUGGUCUAA